AAAGAAUUCAACCGCUUAAGUGCCAAGAUUCGAGUCUGGGAUGUAAGAGACGAAAAAUUGAUCACAGGUCUGAACUAAGCAGGGAAGGGAGCUGAAGUGGGCAGGUUCUGCGACGGUUCUUGAGUAAAAGUUAGAUCUGAAAACUUGAUGACAUAAUCUAAAGUGUGCAGGUUGCAGGUUGAGGUGGAGACAGUGGAACAGCUCCGUUCCGAUCUCCACGGGAAAAGCGCGCCUCCGAAACGAUGUCAUUUUUUAACACAUCACAGCUACCGCUCCGAUUUGAAUGCAGCCCCAACCGUGACGAGGAAAGAGAGAAUCAAUCAGUGGACGACUGUUUGGCCCCGCCGACUGCCCUUCUCCCACCAUCACCGGUUUUUAAACAGCGACGGCUAGCAUGAUAGAGCCAGCCCGUUGUUUGUCUCUCUUUCUCUCCAUAUCUUCGUUCUUAGUCCUAAUUCAGAAGAAUCCUGUUUCUGCUUUCUCCAGAAGGAAAGGCGUCGAGAAGCAGAUCUCCUUCACAAUAAUGAUAUGUCUCCUCAUUUUGCCUUCAAAACCCAACUACCAUUCAGCAGUUUCUUUUAUAAGGUUUGACAUAUUUUGAGAAGGGAGAAAGAGAGAGGUUGGAGGAAAGGAAGUUCUCCCGCGUGGGAGCUCAUUUAUUCAGACAGAGAGAGAGAGAGAGAGAGAGAGAGUUCCAUUGAUUAGCCAUAGAGGACAGGAAGUUAACCCGCGGGAGUUACUCGAAUUUCACACACACACAACACACACAGAGGGAGAGAGACAGAGAGGGAGAGAGACAGAGAGGGAGAGAGAUAGAGGAUGUCCGUUGAAAUCAGAACCGGCCUUAUAAAGGACGAGCAGGAAGAGGGUCUGCCACAGGCGCCAAAUUCUUUUGUGGACGAGGAAGAGACGAAUGAGCCCUCCCUCCACGGGGAAACCCUUGAACUUGAACGCCGCAUCCAAAGGCUCAAAGCUUUUCUCUACGCCUUCGGCUUCAUCCAGGAUACCGCCCUCAGAUGCAUCCUCUCGUGGUUGUUCUUCGUCAGCUUCGGCGUUGCGCUGCCAUCGACGACCGUCUACAUCACACGCUAUGGCGCGUUCAACGGCUUCAAAUUCCAAUAUUUUAUCCUCGUCUCCUAUGUCGUCCUUGCUGCAGUGUCCCUCCACUACAUUUCGUCCAAGCUGCGCAAGCAUCGCAUCCAUCGCUUCCUCUUUGUGGAGCACAAUCAAGGUCGAGGAGAGCGUUUCCGCAAAGAAUACAUAAUGAGGAUCAAGGGUUUCUUUACCGUUUUGGUCUGCUGGAUGCUGCCAUGUUUAUUUGUGAAGAUUAUAUCUGGAAUUGCCUGGAUAGUUUACAACCAUAAAGUGCCGUGGUGGGAGGACAUUGCCAUUCUUUUCUGCCUUAUUGCACCAUGGGUGUAUUUGGCCACUAUCUAUCUGUGUGCAUGUCUUUUAUUCAAUCUAGUUUGCAAUUCUCUGGUCAUCGACUUUGAAGAGUAUGGAAGGCUCUUGGAAAGCAACUCACAUGUCCUUAAUUUCUUGAAGGAACACAUGCGCUUGCGUCAUCAUUUAUCCAAAAUCAGCCAUAGGUUUCGAAUGUUUCUCCUUGUGAUACUCUUUUCAGUAACUGCUAGUCAAUUCAUUACACUCCUGCAGACGACAAGUUACAGCGGGACCAUCAAUUUUGUCAAUGCUGUUGACUUUGUUGUGGCAUCAACUAUUCAAGUAGUUGGAAUAAGUCUUUGCUUACAUGCAGCUGCUAAAAUUACUCAUAGGGCCCAAGGAGUAGCAUCUGUUGCAAGUAGGUGGCAUGCAAUGGCAACAUGUUGUUCAGCAGCAGAUGUAGAGGAUCAGAAAUCCCUUGAUUGUGCUGCAAACACAUUCACAGAUCAGGACUUUAUGUUGUCAUCCAAUGAAUCUGAGAGUGAUCUGGAAUCCAUGAGCAGUACAAGAUUUCCAAACACGCGGUUUGCAGCUAAUGUUUCUUCAUACCAGAAGAGAGAAGCUCUAGUUCUAUAUUUGCAAACAAAUCCUGGUGGCAUCACUCUAUUUGGUUUUAGUGUUGAUCGUGGGUUGAUCAAUACAAUCUUUUGUCUUGAGGUCACACUGGUUACAUUUGUCCUUGGUACUAGCUUUGUUGUUGCUGCUAACUAACUCCAAAAGACAGAUGAAGGAAGGCCAUUAACGGACUCUCCUUACCCAGCAUUUGUGCCCUUAGACAUGAUUGCUGUAGGCGUAUGCUUCUCUAACUUCUUACAUCUCUGUUUGUUGAAGAGGAUGAUGCUGGCAAAUACCUGAAAUAAUCUGGUGCCUUUCUACUCUAUUCGACCGUAUGGCUUCACUGCGUCAAUCUUGGUAAUGACAUUAUGACUAUAGACCUCCUAUUAGCUUGAGCAACUGCGUCGUUGUGGUGCUUGCUUGGAAAGUGGAACCUGAUUAACUUUGUCUUAAAAAAAAGAAAAAGGAAAAGUUUCAUGCAGCACAAAUACAGUUAAAGAUGAGAUCUAUUUUAAGGUCAAUGAGAAAACAGGUCACAGUGGAGAGAGAUUCUCUUUUGCCCUUGUCCUGUCUGACUCUUUUUCCAUUAAAUUUUCUGUUAGCCGAUGGUUUCUCCCUUCACGGUUGAGAAGUUGUAUGAAAUUUGCAUGUGAUAGCACAACUUAUGUUGGUCUGUAUCAGUGUCGGUGCGUCGUUGGUUUCAGUAUGAGAAGUAAAACGUUUUACAAACUGGCAGAGCACUGAGCUGCAUCGAGCCACAUCUAGUCGGGGGAAUUGGGAUAUAUUUUUCAUUGUCUACGUUUUAAAACUACUAAUAUGUGAAUCAUU